AGAGCAGGUCAGAGAGUUACUCAACUACCAGUCCGGAGGAAGAGCAGACACAGACUGCUAGUUGAGUGUGCAAGUGCUCCAUUUGAAUCAAUGCCCCUUUCUUAUCGCUUUCUUUUUCCUUAUCACGCAAAUUCCACAGGCGUAAUUGUUUCCUACCAGUAAUUUGUUACUAUGGAAGUAGCAGAUAAUGAUGAUCAACAUGCGCCUCUUCUUCUUCCUCCUCCUACUUCUGUUUCCACUUCUCAAGUCGACGAAGAACACAGCCAUCAAUCUUCUUCUCCUUCUUCUUCUGCUCUAUCUUAUAGAGUAAAUAUUUCCAUAUCGAAUGUUGCUCCUACCGAGAUUACAGACGAUGUUUGGUCAUGCCUUGUUGUUCUCCUCACUUUCUGGUUCUUCGCAUCCAUGAUUAUGAUUCUUGGAUUCUACGGGUCUGUGAACUUGCUAUUGGGCCCCAAUUCAUCACGCCUUGUCAAAACCAACACUUUAUUUGUUCAGUCUAUUAAGGUGCAGCAGCUGGAUAAGCCAAAACCUGGGCCAAUGCUAUAUGAAUUUCACAAAAGUCCACCCUUGGAUGUUGAAAUUACUUGGACUGAAACACACAACUCAAUUGUGCCUAUUGAUUUUCAGAAGGAAUGGGUAUACUUCCUAAAUGAAGGGUCUAUGGUUGAUAUCUUUUACACUAUAAAAUCCCCAAGUUCCUCACCUUUGUCCCUUGUAAUUGCUCAAGGUAGGAAAAGCCUAGCGGAGUGGAUAGAUGACCCUUCAUCUCCUAAUUCAACUUUGUCUUGGAAUAUUAUCUGUGGAACUGGCAAAAUCCAACAAAAUAUUUUCAAGUCUUCAAAUUAUUACAUUGCAGUGGGGAAUCUGAACUCGAAAGAUGUGGAGGUAGAGUUGAAAUUUGUGAUGAAGGCUUUCAUUUACAACACAAGUCAGGCGUAUUACAAGUGCUCCCUCAGUCAUAAUCUGUGCAGUUCGAAGUUAUAUCUCUUUGGGCCAAGCGUCGCUGUCUUAACAUCUCCAGGUCCUAAAGAGGGAUCAUUGGACGAUGACUGGCAUGUCAAAGUAUCUUAUGGACCAAGAUGGAUCACGUACUUGAUUGGAUCAGGCGUGAUGACAAUCCUCAUCUUUUUAAUCUUAAGAUUCCUUAAUAUUUGCCAAGCUUCUAAUAGAGGUGGAAAUCAAGCCAGAGAGAUAAGAUCUGAACGAGCCCCGUUGCUCUCACAGAAAGAUGACGACAUCUCAAGUCACGGUUCAUCUUAUGAUUCUAUCUCACAGGAUGAGCAGGAUCUGGAUGAGUUACUUGCAGUGAAUUCAUCACUCGAAGGGAAAACAUUAGCACAAGGAGAAAAUCUCUAUCGUCUUUGUGCCAGUUGUUUUGAUGCCCGAAGAGACUGCUUCUUUCUUCCAUGUGGGCAUUGUGUAACUUGUUUUAACUGUGGAACAAGGAUAGCAGAGGAGACAGGUACUUGUCCCAUAUGUCGCAGAACCAUAAAGAAAGUGAGGAAGAUAUUUACAGUUUGAGAAGUUCAUUUCAGCAAUUAUUAUGUAGACCCCCUUGCUAUACAACUCUUGAUAGACCAUUGUAAAUUUAUUAUUAUUUCUUCUUUUUCUUUUUUCCUUUGCAUUUGUUUUUUUUGGUGGAAAAUGAUAAUUUGAUGUAGGAUUGUGAAGAUGUUUAGUUCCAAGAAGAAAAAGGAGAAAGAGGUAAGAACUCAUGUAUAAUUUUUUCAAAUUGACAAGCCUUCCAAGCAAUUUAAUGUUUGUCCUGAUGGUAGAUGGUGCAAUGGAGGAGAAGGGAAAUAAAAAAAGAAAUAAAUUUUGGGUAAUUUUUAUGAUUA